CAACGUCUCACAUAUUCCGCAGGAACUGUCUAUGCUCUCCUCGUGAUUGCCUUCAAGGGGCUUCGUGUUCGACUAGCUGAAGCCGAAGGUACGAUCAGUGAAGAGAUUGCCAACAUUAUGCGAAGACCGAAUCCGAAUACACCGGCAGGACGAGCUGUUCGAGAUACGCUCAUACCUGUGGUGUCUCUGCUGAGGGCCAAUUGUCCGUUACGCCUAUUGGACUUGUUUGGUCUGGACAACGUUGCAUCGCAAGGACUCUCAACACAAUCGCUUUGCGGAGAUCUUGACAGCUCUGACACGUUCUUCAAAGUUGUC